AUGAUAAGCACAGCUAACCGGCGACAACAGGAAAAGAGAAAACGAAUUGAAAUAGUGAAUUAUAAUCAGAAUAUGUCAGGUGUAGACAGAGCAGAUCAGAUGAUGUCCUAUUAUUCCUGUCCACGGAAGACAAUUAGAUGGUAUAAAAAGGUAAUCUUUCAUCUACUGGAUGUAGCAGUAUGGAAUUCUUUCUACAUCUUUAAAGAAAAGACAGGUUCUCAAAUGAAGUAUAUAGAGUACAGGGAAGCAAUCAUACGAUCUCUAACUGGUAUAGAUAAUAAACGGGAUGGAAGAACUUUGGUUCAAUUUAAACGUGCACAAAUCCAAACCAAUGAAAUCAACAACAAUGGAACACAGCAUUUUCCUGAGAAAAUUUCACCUCCUGAAAAUUAUCAGCGAAACACAUAUUUUCAGCGUUGUAAACAAUGUUAUAAACAGGGAAUAAGGAAGGAAACAUCAUAUUGCUGCAAGAAUUGCAUGUCAAAACCUGCACUGUGUCCUGCACCAUGCUUUUGGCAUACCGAAAAUAAUGUAUAA